AUGUCUAGCAGCAGCGCUAAGCUCCCCAUCCUACCACUCCCUCAUCCCACAGUCCUUCUUCCGGGUUCGCGCAUCACGCUUACAGUUCCAGUAGAACUUGGCGAAGCGUUACUUACACUAAUCGAGGCGGCUGAUGCGCUUCCGGUUGUUGCUGCCGUCCCAGUUGCUUCAGACACCGAUACAAACUCUUUGGCCGAACACGGCGUUGCAGCUAGAAUUCUUCGACUUGUUCGUCCCCCGGGUCGCAACAGUCGCCAAAGCUACCUGCUCACACUCCAUGGAUUGACUCGAAUCCGUCUUUCCGCCUCCUUCACACCUGAUCCGGACAACUCCCUCGUACCAUGUGAAGUACAAUACCCACCCAAUUCCAAAGACUCCCCUCCACGGAAAGUUGUCGACACAUUCAAGCAGAGUGCCCACCGACUUCUCGAUCGACUAGCCCAAGACUCGGGCCAACAGAUCCGUAGGGACGGAUAUUCGAAAAUCUCGGCGAUGCUUGAAGAUGUGACCGACGCACGAGCAGCCUGGAUGGCCGAUAUUCUUGUUGGCACGGUCAACGCAAGUUUCGCUGACAAACUAUCUAUUCUCUCGACCACCGACCCCGAAGCCCGCCUCGUAGUCGCGGCUGAAAUAUUUUCCAAGCUUGCAUCCAUCUCCGAGGUUACCUCCAAGAUCGCAACACAAGUCGAGGAGUCUGUCUACAAACAACAGAAAGAGCACUUCCUCAGACAACAACUAGCCGCCAUCCACAAGGAGCUCCAGUCACUGUCUGGACCCGGCAAUCUUGUCAAUGGCCAGAGCUCGGAACUCGACGACGACGAACAACAUGAAGCGGACGACCUUGCUGAUCUUAAACGCCGCAUCGAAGCUAUGGAGCCUGGUUCUGAAGAGCGGAAAAUGGGAGUUCGGGAGUGGCGUAGGCUCAAACGCAUUCCUCAGGGUUCCGUAGAGAAUGGUGUUAUCAGGUCUUACCUUGAGUGGUUAACCGCCAUUCCAUGGUCUAAUUCUACCUCCGAAACUCCCCGUGCUAUCACUGAUCGGUCCUUCCUAACUGCUGCACGUGAGCAACUGGACGCUGAUCAUUUUGGGCUCGAAAAGAUCAAGAAACGGCUUAUCGAGUAUCUCGCGGUGGUUCGCUUGAAAGAAAUGAAUGCUGAACGGGAAAGGCAAGCCGCCGCCGCCAUUCUACCAAAGGUAGAGGAGAAGUCAAACGUGGAUGAUACCAAAGACAAGACCACGUCCCCACCAAUCAUCAGACCAACGCGCAAAAGCGUGAAAGGACCGAUUCUCUUGUUCGUCGGACCCCCAGGAACUGGCAAGACAUCUCUUGGCCAGUCGAUCGCCAAAGCUCUCAACCGACCAUUCCAACGAAUUUCUUUGGGUGGUGUUCGUGAUGAGGGAGAAAUACGUGGUCACAGACGCACUUAUGUGGCUAGUGGGCCUGGAUUGAUUGUUCAGGCUUUGCGCAAGGCUGGACGAAGCGAUCCUGUAUUCUUGCUGCACGUGACCCCUCACCUUGACGAAAUCGACAAGAUUGGAGGCAGCAACUUCCAUGGGGACCCCUCAGCUGCUUUGCUCGAAGUUUUGGACCCUGAACAAAACCAUACUUUCAACGAUCAUUAUAUCAAUGUUCCUGUUGACCUGAGCCAGGUCCUGUUCAUUUGUACGGCUAACUCACUCGAAACAAUCAGCGGGCCUCUGCUAGAUCGUUGUGAAGUCGUGCAGCUUUCUGGUUAUACUUACGACGAGAAGAUGCACAUCGCACGACGUUUCUUACUACCCAAGCAACUCAAACAAAAUGGCAUGGACGCGGAUCACGUCCAAAUUGCUGAGCCAGCUCUGAUGACUAUUGCGACUCGUUACACCAGAGAGGCAGGUGUGCGGAGUUUAGAACGAGCCAUCGGCGCCGUUACUCGCUACAAAGCCGUAGAGUGGGCCGAGCAUAUAGAUGCGCAAGCUACCGGCUCACCCAAGCCUUAUUCGCCUGUCGUCCAAGAAAGCGAAUUGGAGGCCAUUCUAGGGAUUGCGCGGUGGGAUGCUGAAGAGAGGGAGCGAGAAGAGAGACGUGGCGUAGUCUACGGCCUUGUUGUGAUGGGACAAGGAGAAGGCGGAAUCCUUCCGGUCGAGACCAUCGCUGUUCCUGGCGCGGGCAGGCUGAAGCUGACUGGAAGCCUAGGAGAGGUUAUCAAAGAGAGUGGCGAAAUUGCAUUGAGCUGGGUUAAGACGCAUGCCUACGACCUCUGCAUCACCGAAUCUCGCGCACAAGACCCAUUAAAGGUGCCUGAGCUCAUCGACAUCCACCUUCAUCUACCUGCCGGGGCCCAAAAGAAAGAUGGACCAAGUGCAGGAAUAGCAAUGGCUUGCGCAUUUGUCUCAUUGCUCACUGGAGCGAGAGUUCCCGCCAACAUUGCUAUGACUGGAGAGAUCACUCUGAGAGGGCGUGUAACGCCAGUUGGUGGAAUCAAGGAAAAGGUAUUGGGUGCGCAUCGAGCGCAAAUAUCCAAAGUUAUUCUGCCAUGGGCAAAUCGCAAAGACGUGGAGCAUGAUGUUGCUCCUGAAAUUCAACGAGUCAUGGAGUUUGUUUUUGUUCGAACUGUCAAUGAGGCUCUCGAGGCCGCAUUUGGUAAAGACACGCUUGGUUGGCGGAAUGGGAUAAGUGGACCGCUCAUGUUGGAGAGCAGGUUAUGA